UAGAAGUAAGAAAAAGGAAAAAGGAAAAAGAGAAAACGAGGAGAGCCAAACCUGUUUGAAGAACGAUAAGCAUGAGUAUGAGUUUUCUCGCACUAUCUUCAACCGGCGGUCACCGCGGCGUGGUGUCGUUUUCUCCGUACGCAGGUGCAAUUACAAUUCCAAGGCCGAACAAACGAAGAUUGGCACCGCCGCCGCGAGCAGCGGUUGUGGAGGCGACACCCUCCCAAUCUCAAUCCCAAUCCCAAUCCCAAUCCCAAUCCCAAUCAGUGCCUGCAAUUAGCGGCAAUAAUGCCGUGUCAGUCUCCUCCUCCUCCUCCUCCUCCUACCGCUAUGUUCUUUCUUCCAGGGACCGAACGGACGAUAUGCAAGCCGAGGCUAGAGCCAUGGCCCGUGCCGCCAAUGCUUCGGUCUACAGCCCCGAACUUCUUUCCAACAACUACGGCUCUCGUCCCAUCAAGGUAGUGCGGAGGACUCUGGAAAUAUUUAUUGGCCUGGGUUCAUUUGCGUUCAAGCUAUGGAUGGACCAGUUGAAUGGCCAGCUCGAUCAAUAUCAGUACAGAAGAUUGCGGGCCGUUCAGCUGAGGAAGAUUUUCACUAGAUUGGGGCCUACUUUUGUCAAAAUUGGGCAGGGCUUGUCCACUCGACCUGAUCUCUGUCCACCCGAGUAUCUCGAGGAGCUCUCUGAACUCCAGGAUGCUUUGCCAACAUUUCCAGAUGCAGAGGCAUUUUCUUGCAUUGAGAGAGAGUUGGGAAUCUCACUUGACUCCAUCUACUCAUCGAUAUCUCCUUCUCCAAUUGCUGCAGCCAGUCUAGGCCAAGUUUACAAAGCUCAGCUGAAGUAUUCUGGUCAGAUUGUUGCUGUGAAGGUGCAACGACCUGGUAUUGAAGAAGCUAUAGGACUUGACUUUUAUCUGAUAAGAGGUCUAGGAUUCCUCAUAAACAAAUAUGUUGACAUAAUAUCCAGUGAUGUUGUUGCCCUUAUUGAUGAAUUUGCUCGCAGAGUUUAUCAAGAGCUCAAUUAUGUGCAGGAGGGGCAGAAUGCAAGGAGGUUUAAAAAGUUGUAUGCUGAUAAAGAAGAAGUCCUUGUCCCAGAUAUUUUCUGGGACUACACCAGUGGGAAAGUAUUGACAAUGGAGUGGGUUGAAGGUGUCAAAUUAAAUGAGCAAGAUGCCAUUGAGAGACAAGGGUUGAAUGUUUUGGAUCUGGUGAACACAGGUAUUCAGUGUAGUCUGAGACAGCUGCUUGAGUAUGGAUAUUUUCAUGCAGAUCCUCAUCCUGGAAACCUUUUGGCAACACCCGAGGGAAAGCUUGCUUUUCUUGAUUUUGGAAUGAUGAGUGAAACCCCAGAAGAAGCAAGAUCUGCUAUCAUUGGUCAUGUUGUUCACAUGGUUAAUCGGGAUUAUGAAGCUAUGGCUCGUGAUUACUACGCUCUAGAUUUCUUGUCCCCAGAUGUAGAUGUUUCCCCAAUUGUACCAGCACUUCAAAACUUCUUUGAUGAUGCACUUAAUUCAACUGUGAGCGAACUCAACUUUAAAACACUAGUGGAUGGUCUGGGUGCUGUUCUGUACCAAUAUCCAUUCAAUGUCCCAGCUUAUUAUGCAUUGAUAUUGAGGUCGCUUACCGUUCUAGAAGGUUUAGCCCUAUAUGCUGACCCUAAUUUUAAAGUACUGGCUGCUUCAUAUCCUUAUUUUGCGAAAAGGCUUCUCACAGAUCCAAAUCCAUAUCUGAGAGAUGCUCUUAUUGAGUUGCUUUUUAAAGAUGGCAAGUUCAGGUGGAAUAGACUUGAAAAUCUACUUGUUCAAGGGAAAAAGGAUAGGGAUUUCUCUGCAAAAGAUGCUUUACAACCUGUCCUGAAGCUAUUGUUGGGUCCAAAUGGCAAAGAGCUCAGGGCUUUAGUCAUCAAAGAAGCUGUCCGUGUUACUGAAGCUGUUAUUUUAGGCUCUGUGAUUGAUACUUACAAUUCUGUUCCCAGUCCUAUGAGGACUCUUAUGUUCAAUGCCAAUUCCACUGGGCCUCUUAUAAUGAGUGAUGCUGAACAAAGCAACAUUAUGGAGCUUAGGGCACAAGUGUUUAGGAUAUGGGGGCUUCUGCGAUCCUCAGAGAAUUUUGAUCCUACUGUUUUGCAGCCUAUUUUGCAGGUCCUUCAAGAACCGGAGGCACGCAGUCUUGGGGGCCGUGUUAUCGGUGGAAUCACUCAACGUCUGGCAGCACGCUUACUGCAACAAGUUCUUCGAGUUCCAACAACACCUACUUCAACUUCAUGAGCAUUGUUAACAGCUUUUGAGUAUGCUAAUACACAUGAUAUAUUUAGAAAGAUACUGAACAUAAAAAGAUACAAAAAGAAAAAAAUUGGGUGGGGGGGCGCGUUCAGUCAUCUGUGGAAGUUGAGCAUGCAACACUCUUUUCCAUAGCUUUGAAAUGAUUCAAUCUUCUUGGUCUUCACAGCAUUAAAUUAUGCAAUCAAGUCCUUUUAUUUCCAUAGGAUAUCUGGAAGAGUGGAAUUCAGGAAGUUUUUAUCAGAAAUUUCUAUCCCAUGGGUCAUUGGCUCAUUGCUCAUUGCUCAUUACCUUUCAAUGAACCUCUUUAACUCAUUUUAUACAGUCAGCUAACAACGCAGCAAUAUGUUUUUACAAUUUAUUAAAUGUGAUAUGUAGCAUGGAACUGAGCCAUGCUUGAUGA